AUGGUCACUGUCCUAGCUCCACGGGUAAACACCCAGCUUGGUAAUGGCUUCGCCCUGAAACGGACCAGACCCUGGAUCCAGUAUUGCCAGCCCGCGUGCAGUGACCCACCUCUCUCGUGGCGGCUUGCGUUAUGCAUUGCUUCCUACGUAGUAUAG